UUUUAAUACACACGCUGAACACACACUCACACACACACCCACAGACACUCUGGAACUGAACCGGCCUGCAGAAAGACUCUCACCAGAGAGGACUGAGUUAAGCUUGCGUGGCUGUCCUUCCGGAUGACCUUCUGUCAAGGUAUACUGACAUCCGCCAUGGCUGCAUAUCUGGGCUUCUUCAUUUUGGCUCUCAGUGUGUUGGGACAGAAGCUCCCUUCAAGCCCGCAUGGCUGCAUGGAGGGAAGCUGUUACCCGGCAACAGGCAACCUGCUGGUUGGCCGAGCCAUGAAUCUGACCGCUACCUCCACUUGUGGUCUUCAUGGGCCAGAACACUACUGUAUAGUCAGCCACCUGCAGGAAUCAGACAAGUGUUUUGCGUGUAACUCUCAGCAUCCUUAUGACCCGUACAACCACAAAAACAGUCACCGCGUGAAGAACGUCAUCCAACUCAAGGACAGCGACGAGGACCUCACCUGGUGGCAGUCUGUCAACGGAGAGGAGGGUGUCAGUAUCAGACUGAAUCUGGAGGCAGAAUUCCACUUCACUCACCUCAUCAUGAAGUUUAAGACCUUCCGACCUGCCGCCAUGCUGAUAGAGCGUUCGGCUGAUUUCGGUCGCUCCUGGAGACCAUACCGUUAUUUUGCCUACAACUGCUCCAAGACGUUCCCCAGAGUGCCCUCCCACGCCCUCCACCAUAUCAAUGAUAUCAUCUGCGAGGAGAGAUACUCUGACAUCGAGCCCUCCACGGAAGGAGAGGUUAUUUAUAAAGUGCUCGACCCUGCCAUACAUGUGAAAGACCCAUACAGUCUGGAGAUUCAAGAGCUGUUGCGGAUCACCAACCUGCGGAUCAACUUCACCAAGCUGCACACCCUGGGAGAUAACCUGCUGGACCGGCGCUCUGACGUUCUGCAGAAGUACUACUACUCCCUGUAUGAGCUGGUGGUGAGGGGCAGCUGCUUCUGCUACGGACACGCCUCCGAGUGUGCCCCCGUACCAGGGGUGGACGCCAGGGACAAUGGCAUGAUCCAUGGGCAAUGUGUUUGUAAACACAACACUGAGGGGUUGAACUGUGAGCACUGCAGAGACCGCCACAACGACCUGCCCUGGAGCCCAGCCGAGGCCGACAACCCUCACACAUGCAGAGAAUGCAACUGUAACGGUCACUCCAACCAGUGUCACUUUGACAUGGCGGUGUACCUGGCCACAGGCAAUGCCAGCGGUGGCGUCUGUGACGACUGUCUCCACAACACCAUGGGACGCACCUGUGAGAUGUGUAAACCCUUCUAUUACCUGAACCCCAGCAGGGACAUCAGAGAUCCAGGAGUCUGUAGUGCGUGCGACUGUGAUCCUGUGGGUUCCAUGGCGGGAGGUGUGUGUGACAGCCACACAGACCAGGACAUGAGUAUGAUCGCGGGGCAGUGCCGCUGUAAGCUGAACGUGAAGGGCACCCGCUGUGACUAUUGCAAGGAGGGAUACUAUGGUCUGAGCCAGAACGACCCACAGGGAUGCCAACCGUGUAACUGUGACCCUCGUGGGAUUAUAAUGCUGGCAGCACCAUGUGAUCAGAUAAGUGGGAACUGCUCCUGUAAGAGAUAUAUCACAGGCCGCUACUGCAACCAGUGUCUGCCAGAGUACUGGGGCCUCAGUAAUGACCUAGCAGGCUGCAGAGCAUGUGACUGUGACUUUGGUGGAGCCUACAGCAACAGGUGUAUGGUUGAAAAUGGCCAGUGUGACUGUCGGAGGAACCUGACUGGUCGACAGUGUUCUGACGUGGAGCCUGGAUACUUCUGUGCCCCGCUGGACUACUACAAAUACGAGGCAGAGGACGCCGUUGGCCACUCACCUAGUGACCAAAACCUACCGGGCAAGGCCAGGCCCCAGGCUGAGGUCGACUGUGUGGAGCACCUCAACAACCAGCUGAGGAGACACAGGCGACAUCAACGUAUCGCCAACGCCCAGCAGCAGAGGGCAGCACUGAGACGCAUCCGCCAGCUGCAGCAAACACCUGAUGUGAGGAGUGUCCACAGGGAGCGAUCCCAGGGUCACAUGAUCACUUGGACUGGACCUGGUUUUGCCCAGGUCAAAGACGGAGCUGGACUGGUCUUCACCAUAGACAACAUCCCCCAUGCCAUGGACUAUGACAUCAUGAUCCGCUAUGAGCCAGAGUCGACAGAGGACUGGGAGGCCAUAGUGACUGUCACCUCCCUGCUGCUAUCCUCUAGCUCCCGCUGUGGCAACCUGCUGCCUACUGAACAGCUGUAUACAGUCACCCUGCCACACCACAGGAGGUUCGUUCAGAUGCCCAGUCCUUUCUGCUUUGAGCCCAGUAACCGUUAUGUCGUGGCCAUCAGACUCCAGCGUCACGGAGUGUCCCAGAGACACCUGACUGCUUUCAUCCUUGUAGACUCGCUGGUGCUGACCCCAAAGUACAUGGAGCUGCCUGGUUUCCAGGGUCACGACCCGGCAGCAGAGGAGCGUCGUGAUGAGAUGGUACGUUACAUGUGCCUGGAGUCCUUCUUGGCCACGCCAACGCCCCUGCUGGCAGAGAUGUGCACUAAGCUCAUCUGCAGCAUCUCUGCCAUCCUGCACGACGGAGCACUGCAAUGUCAGUGUGACCCCCAGGGGUCUCUCAGUGCUGACUGUGACAGGGUCGGAGGUCAGUGCCGCUGUAAACCUAGCGUGAUUGGAAGACGGUGUGACCAGUGUGCACCUGACACUUACGGCUUCGGACCAUAUGGAUGUACUGUCUGUGACUGCCACUCCCAGGGCUCUCUUGGAGACCAGUGUGACCCGGUGACGGGGCAGUGCCCGUGCAGACAGGGGGCCAGCGGGCGCCAGUGCUCAGACUGCCAGCCUGGCCAGUGGGGCUUCCCCAGCUGCAGGCCAUGCCAGUGUAACGGGCACGCUGAUGGCUGCAACCCACAGACAGGGGAGUGCCAGGCCUGCAGGGACUACACUGAUGGACAGUUCUGUGAAAGGUGUGUAAAUGGGUUCUUUGGAAACCCAGUGCUGGGGUCUGGGGAUCACUGUCGACAUUGUCCCUGUCCUGGUAACGCAGAAAGUGGACACUCCAACGGACACUCCUGUCAUGCUGACAGCUCAUCCAAUCAAAUCCUAUGCAACUGUAAACAGGGCUACAUAGGGCCUCGCUGUGAUCGGUGUGCCCCUGGUUACUACGGCAACCCCAAGCAUCCAGGUGGGCAGUGCCGCCCGUGCCAGUGCAGUGGCAACAUCGACACCCAGGACCCCGAGUCAUGUGACCCCACGACCGGCCGAUGCCUGAGCUGCCUAUACAACACGGAUGGGCCCUCCUGCUCUGACUGUAAACGUGGUUACUACGGCAACGCCCUGGCCCAGGACUGCAGGCGUUGCACAUGUGUAACAGCAGGAACACAACAGUCCUCAUGCAGCGAUGGCCAUUGUCACUGUGACAGACAGACAGGAGCAUGCCCGUGUCGGGACAACGUGGUCGGGUACAGCUGUGACCAGUGUGCCCCCGACCACUGGAACUAUGGCACGGACAGAGGCUGUGAGCAGUGUGGCUGCCACCCUCAGCACGCCAGGGGAUCCCACUGCAACAUGUUCAGUGGACAGUGUCACUGUCGGCAAGGCUUUGGGGGAAGGCAGUGCACUGAGUGUGAGCAGUUCCAUUGGGGAGAUCCACGAGUGCAGUGUGAAGAGUGUAAGUGUGAGCUGCUGGGCUCGGAGAUGGCUCAGUGUGACCGUGUGACGGGGGCGUGUGAGUGCAGGGAGGGGACGGCGGGACGGCGGUGUGACGAGUGUGCCCACGGCUUCACCGGGGCCUUCCCUAAGUGUGUCCGGUGCCACCCCUGCUUCGAGCUGUGGGACGACGCGGUGUGUAUGAUCCGCCGGGACCUGGACCACAUCCGUUACGACCUCCAGAGGAUCCUGGAGAGCGGAGAGACGCCCGGCGUGGGAGACAAACACACCCAUGAGCUGGAGAAUAAACUGGCCCAGGUACAGGACCUGAUCCUAGACGGAGACCGGGACAGACUACACCAGCUGAUUGGCCAGUCCAUCGAUGACCUGAGGGUGGAGAUAGCUCUGACUGACGGCCGUCUGAUGGGUGUGACCCACGAGCUGAAUUGGACAGCAGUGCAAGACGAGGUACUGAGGAGGAACCUGACCCAGAUGGACCGAGAACUCAGGGACCUUAACACCACCCUGGUGCACCGACACCAAGAACGGAUGAACAACCUCAGCUUCAGAUUCCAAGAUCAGUUUGACAAUGUGAAUAAGUUCUACCGUGGGUCCCAGGAGGCUCACCAGAAGUGCAGCGCCUCAGUGUCAGGUCCCUUCAGCCCCGUCGAUGAGUCUAAAGCCACACGCUCACACACUGAGGACCUUCUGAACAAGAGGAGGGAUGAGUUCCUGCGCACGGCGGCAGCCCAGAAGAAAUCACUGUCAGAGCUACAGGACAAAGCCCAGGAUGUAGACGAGAAAGUCCACCACCUGAGCCACCAGGUAUGUGGUGGCCAUUCCAACACCAGCUCCAAUGGCACAUGUCAUGACAGCCCGUGUGGGGGUGCUGGUUGUCGUGACGAUAGCGGUCAGCAGGUGUGUGGAGGGGACGGGUGUAAGGGGACUGUGAGCGUCUCCCUAAAGGGACUGAAACACGCCAGUGAUGUCACUGACAACCUGACGGCUGUCAGUGAAGACCUCCGGGGCCUGGUGAAGAAGCUCCAUGACAUAGCUAUGCUGACCCAGGACGUUGAAAGUCAAGCCAUGGACAACUUGGAAAAAGCCAAGAAGAAUAAGGACUUCUUUGAAAACUCUAAUAAGAAACUCAAGGAAUUCAUUCAGAAGAUCAAAGAUUUCCUGACUGAGGAGGGUGCGGACCCAGAGAGUAUAGAGAAGGUGGCUCAGCAGGUGCUGGCUAUAUCUAUGCCUCUGAACAGAACCACUCUGGACACUGUUGUCCAGCAGAUCAAAGACAACAUCAGCAACCUGACAGAUGUACAGGGGAUCUUCAACCACACCUCCCAGCAAAUCCACCGGGCCAAGGAGCUGCUCAACAGAGCUAAGGAUGCCAAGACACGAGCAGAAGGAGUGAAGGACACAGCCAACAGGACUAAGCAGGCAUUGGAUGCGUCUGAGAAAGCCAUUCAGAAAGCAACCAAAGCCCUGGACCAUGCCCUAAACAACCUCAACAGCACCAGGAAUGCCACCGCAACGGUGGAAGAGAACCUUAAGGAUCUGGAGACCAAUCAAAAUGGUGCUAUGAUGCGACUGGUCAACCUGUCCAUGAGGGUGGAGGCACUACAGGACAAGUUAGAUCAAAACAGGGAGAUGGCCCAACAUGUCAAGAACCAGGCCACAAAUGCCACCCAUGCAGCAUUGGGACUGGAGCAGAGGCUGAAUGAGACGGAGGAUCUGUACAAAGACCUGCAGAUGAAGGUGGACUCUCUGGGUGGGGCCUCUGGGGACCUGGGGAACGUCAACCAGAGGGCCAAGGAGAUCAAGAAGGAGGCUGAAGACCUGCUCACUAAGGCCGACAAGGGCAUAGAAAACCUACGGAAGCUUGAGAGGAAGUUCCGUAAUAAUGAGCAGAGAAUGCUGGACCAGCACACCGAGCUAGGAGAGCUGGAGAAGAACGCCACAGACGCACGGGAGGCCAUACGAAAGCAGGUGCAGACAUACAACAACUGCAACUGAUAUUGUGUUAUUAAACGAUGUAGGGUAGAAAAAACUAUAUUCCACUGGUGCUUUAUUCCCGUUCUCCCUCUGUAAAAUGUGAAAUGAUUGAAUAAAAAAAAAAAAUGUUUGACAAAAUAAAAUAAGUACAGCAAAUGUUAGUGAGGGAAAGACGGUAAUGUGUACUAUACUCCUAUAGUCCAUUAGAACUCAGCAGCUCCUUCUGAUCGAAGAGCCAGGGUUCCGGUCUCAAAGCACAAUUUCGACGGCUCCGACAGUCUUGCUUCGGUACUGCCGUUAAACCAACGUCUGGCCCAGAAAGACAAUUUCCAUAGAUUUCAAGCAUUUGAAAUCAGUCAAAAGUUUGGACACACCUUCUCAUUCAAGGUUUUUUCUUAAUUUUUUAUUAUUUUCUACAUUGUAGAAUAAGAGUGAAGAUGUCAAAACUAUGACAUAACACAUAUGGAAUCAUGUAAUAGCCAAAAAAAGUGUAUAUUUUAUAUUUGAGAUUCUUCAAAGUAGCCACCCUUUGCCUUGAUGAAGCUGGCUGAGAGAAUGCCAUGCCAAGAGUGUACAAAGCUAUCAUCAAGGCAAAAUGCUAAAUUCUCCACCCCAGACAUCCUCACGUACUUUGUGCCCUCUCGGAUUUUUGGGCUGCAUGACGCCCCUGCUCAAAGCUGUGUGAAAACCCCCCUUAGUCAUUUUGAAGCUGCAAAAGUGAUCUACUCUAAUGUUGAGGUGAUUCCAUGUUCCUCAUGUAGUUAAUUAUAGGCUACAGGCUAUGUUAAGAUUCAUAUCUAAGAGCUCUCCAAACCAUGUGCUUAUGAUCAUAUAUUUAGACUCAUUCAACUAACUGUUUUGUUUCUUCAUUAAAAAAUUACUGAGUUACA